GUCAGGUGAGGUCGUCCACUUGGAGAAAGGUUGCAGCGUUAAUCUUUCCACGGGCUGCAGAGCACACAACAUGGGGUUAGAAGACGCCGUGUGUGUCGUUCCCCCGCUCUCUAUGCGACCCCGGAGCUGUCCGUCGCCGUUUGCCUCCCAGCUCAUUGUUUGCUCGGCUAAUACAUUAGUGGCGACGCGCGUCACCUUGAUCGACGAGCGCCUGGAAUUUAAAUAGCCACUCAAACACCAAUCUGUCACCGGCUACGGGGAUAAGGACAAGUGUCUCACUGGCUGACCCGGGCCCACGUGACGGCACCCGUUCAUUGAUAUCGGCCCGUGCGCCCCCCUCCUUCCUCUGAUAAGGACAGAGUAUAGGUAAAGGUUGGCACGGUCACUCAGGGUAAGAGAGGAGUGAAGAAGAGAUCAGAGGGUGUCUGUAGAGACGGACUGUCCCUCGGUCAAGGUAGGACAAUGCUACAAUGAGCAGCUUCCUUGACUACACGGUGAUGAGCGGCGAAGGUGGCUCAUGCUCUGUCAGGGCUUUCCACUCGGACCACGGGAUAACAACUUUCCAGUCCUGCGCAGUCACAGUUAACAACUGCGGCGCGGAUGACCGUUUCAUGGCGAGCAGGGCUUCCCCUGACGGCAUUCCUCACCAGCCGGGGUCAUACCAAUCUACUGCGGGGUCUCUGGGUCUCGCCUAUGGGGCCCACCCGGCCUGCAGCUCCAGUUAUGGACCCCAAAGUUUCUGUGCUACGUACAACCCCUACGCUCUCAACCAGGAAGUAGACUCCACAGCUGGAUUUCCUCAGUGCGGCCCACUGAUGUACUCGGGGAACAUUUCCUCCCCAAUGGUCUCUCAGCAUCGCCAAGGUUACAGUGCCGCCCCCCUGGGCCAGCUGCAGUAUGCCCACGCUGCCUACGGUGGCGGGCACGAGCAAGCAACCCCUUUUCCCGGGUGCUCAAACCCGCUGUCACCUCUGCACGCAGCCCACCUGGAGGCUUGCUGCUCACCUCUGUCUGAGGCUGCGUCUUCUGCACAGACCUUCGACUGGAUGAAAGUGAAGAGGAACCCACCAAAAACAGGCAGGUCCGGGGAGUACGGCUUUGGGGGUCAACCGAACACCGUCCGGACCAACUUCACCACCAAGCAGCUAACGGAGUUGGAGAAGGAGUUCCACUUCAACAAGUACCUGACGCGGGCACGGCGCGUAGAGAUCGCUGCUGCGCUGCAGCUGAACGAGACUCAGGUGAAAAUCUGGUUCCAGAACCGAAGGAUGAAGCAGAAGAAGCGGGAGAAGGAGGGGCUGCUGCCGGCCAAAGCCUCAGCCUCCGAACCGGGAGAGAGCAAUCAAGAGAAAAUGGACGAUGCUUCAUCUGAAAAGUCUAUCUCAGCCCCGUCUACUCCUUCUCCCACAUCCUCCACGCUGUCUUCCACGGGGGCUGAUCCUUACUCUUCCAAUUAACCACUGCCUCUUUACCUCUUUGGGCCACAGGCGGCCUGUACAUACCAAAGCUCGUGUCCAGUGUAUCAAAGCCAAAGUUCAGCUUGAUGGAUAACUUAUAUGAACAUCCAGAAUAAGUUACUGCACUAUUUGGAACUUUGGACAAUGAUAUGAACAAUUCCUUGGUCAUAGAUUUGUUUUAUAUUGUAUAACAAGAAAAUUGCUGUCCAAGCAAAUGUAGGUUGUUGUUUCAAAUGUGUCCACUUUCUUUUGAAAUUAGACAUUGCGCUAAAACUAUGGUGGUGCCAAAGAUAUCCAGCACCUUGCAUACUCUAGCCUCUGACUGCUGCUGAAUGGACCGAUGUAAAGUCACAAAGACGCACACACAAACAAAUACCUCAUAUGUGCCAAAGUUGUGCGUCAUGGCCACGGCCAGGCUGAUUGCACUGGAUGUCGUCAAUUAGGCAUCACACAAUCAAGGAGAUGCCCUCGUUAAUUAAUCGUUAUAGAGUGCAUUGUUAUCGUAGCCCUUAAUCACUGUCACUUCUGUGUUCCAGGCCUGUGAGUCUGUUUGUCGCGACUGUCUGAAUGUCUUAUUGUGUGAGAUUUGCAUGAUGCGUAAUGCUUUCAUGUAAUAUAAGCGGGACGCUGAGUUUUAUCAGUCGGGGGAAUCGGGCAUUGUUGCCAUGUAUGUCCCAGGCUUUUAUCUGUUGUCUAUUUAAUCCAGUGGAUCACAUGCAACGUGGUUUGUCCAGAGAGACGUUUACGGGUCAAUCAUGAGUAUUAAAGUGCGUUUACCUCUAAAAACUCUUCUCGUGUCGUUGUUGAGGUGCACAGUCUUUGGAGAGACAGAAGUAGACAGAGUUUUCAGAUUAAUUUUACGCACAUCCUCCACUUAAAUCCACCCAUUGCAAAGCUCUCUCCGUGGCUUCACUGCUCCUGGAACAGCACGUUGUCUGAUUCAGGCAUCACAGAGUCU